CGUUAAAAUGAUCGAGCUGUUGUCACCUCACACUUUUAGCAGUGGGUUGACAAUCAUGUGGCUUGUCCUUGUGCCUGCCACACUCUUGUCUGGACUCAUUAUUAGCGUUACCUUCUUGCGUUAUUUACCUUUUGGUUGCUUUCUGCUUCAUAUUCACUCUUCUUGUGCUCCUGAUCUUGUCAGUCAUGCCCUCCUGUGUCACUUUCAGGAGGCCUUACCGUUGUGUUCUACCUGCUGUGUCUCAUCAGUCACAAGCCUGAGUAUAUUUAGUUCCCUUCUCGCUAUGCAGGCGUCCUCAGAUCCUUGCAAUUGCCACGGUGCCACCAGAAUUCAUUAUUAUGCUGGAUUUUGCGCUUGUUCCUGACACUUGCUGCCAAUGAAAGUGAAACUAUUGAGUUCCAUGUGCCCUCAAGGCUGCUUAAUGUCUCCACCACUGACAGCACUAAGCGUGACAGUGUUUCCUGCAGAAUGCCAAAAACUGAGGCCAAAACCGUCUUAAAUUGACAGAUUGCUAUGGUAUUUUUACUUCAGAUAUACAGUAUAUGCUUUAGUGAUAUAAAGCUUAAAUCAUCUGUACUUAUAUUUAUAUUACCACGGGAUCUAGUUUAUAUUUAUUCAAAACAUUAUUGGGCACACGUCAUGUACAGGUUCAUCUCGAUAAAUAAAUGUAAUAAAUUGGAAUAACGUGCAAAAGUAUAUUCAUAUCAGUUCAGAAGAAGAGACCUUUUACGGCAGGGGUGUCCAAUGUGCGGCCAAAGGGCCAUAUCUGGCUGUAGCAUACAAUAAAACUUAAAUUACACACGGCCCACAUUAGAACAUUAUUAUUUGGGCCUCAUAAAAAAACACACAAAAUAUAUAUAAAUUGCCCAAAAUUUUGGCCCAAGCUUGAUUGUUUUUUUGGCCCUCAGGCAUAUUUUAAAAAUAAAGUAAAUUAAUUAUUAAUUAUACUAUUAGCUCUUACAGUGGAACCUCAGUUAGCGUCUGCACUUGUUAGUAUGUUUGUCAGUUAACGUUGAAAAUGUAUACAAAGAUCUUGCCUUGGUUUGCGUACAUUUUCCGGUUAGCAUACAAUGCGGCGCGUCCUGUCAUGUUAUUAAUACACGGCGUGAGUCCAACUGUGGUCUUAAUGUGUUUUUAUCACAAAACAUCCUUUUAGCAUCCUUAGCAUGCUAACAAAAUGACAACCGGAACUGGAAGUCAGCUAUAAUCUUGACUCUCAAAAAUCUUAACACAAAACAUGAUUUUGUAGUUUUACAAUUAUAGUUACAUUAUAGUAUACAUGCAUAACAAUUCUACCUGCAUAUAAAUGAUGAAUAAAGGGGAUAAUGAACAUUUAAGGUUACUUUUAUCUUCAUUGAUGAUGUGACUGUUCCCAAAGACACGUUGUGGCAGCAAGAUCAACAUAUUUCUUCUUCAACACCACCUUCCUGUUUUGUCACGAGUUAUUUCUUGAAUUUAAUAGCGUUUCUCACUUUCUUGAUCAAAAUGCUAGCACUUGGAAAUUUCUUUGUCUCCAUUUUGGGUUAGUGCGGCGGGAAACACUCUUGAAUACCAGAAAUAACUCAUGGUAAAAAAGGAAGGUGCUGAUCUUGCUGCCACAUUGUGUCUUUGGGAACAGUCACAUCAAAAAUCACGUCUUCAAUGAAGGUAAAAGUAACCUUAAAUGUUCAUUUAUCCUUAUCGUGUAUGUAUUUAUAUGCAUUUUCAAUUGUUUUCUGCAUGUCAAACUAUAACUGUAAAAUUAUAAAAACGUGUUUUGUGUUAGCAUUUUUGGAUUUCUGGAACGGAUUCAUUGGAUUUACAUUAUUUCUUAUGGGAAAAAUUGCUUCAGUUAGAGCCGAACCUUCUGGAACAAAUUGAUGACUCUAACCAAGGUUCCUCUGUAUGAGAAAGUUUGUGCCUGUGCUGACUGUUCACAUUUUCUCAUGAUCAUUAAGUAAGGAUACUUGUAAUAUACAUUUAUAUUGGUUUAUAUUGUAGUUGAUAAAUAUACUAAUGAAUAGCUUGUUCUUGAUUAUUUUGUAGGUUUAAUAAGGGGAGAGAAGCAAUCUACUAUACAUGUUGGCAACGGACACGUCACCUUUACAGGCAUCCAAAAAAAGACGUCGCUCCUCAUGUUCAGGAUUUUACAGUCUGUUCUUCAUUACCAACCGUUAGCCUGCCGUGCGGGUUGGCAUUGUGUUCAGUAAAGGACAUUUUAUUCAUAAUGGUCUUGGUGAGGCUAUUAGUGCUGUCUCUUCUCCACGCAUAUGUGGUUGGACUGCAGCCCACCGAAAUUUCACAGCAGGCGUCAAGCCCUCUUCAUUCUCCUGGAGAACAAUCUCCUUUAGGGACAGACAAUCUGUCCUUCCCAUGGAGCCGCCUUCGCCUGCCAAGAUACAUAAUUCCACUUCACUACCAUAUCUUGGUGCACCCCAACCUCACUAGCUUCCAUUUCACCGGCUCAGUCACCAUCCAAAUUGACGUCCAGAACAACACAAAUUGGGUUGUGUUACACAGCAAGGAUCUGCAGAUCUCUAAGGCAACCAUACUGGAUCAGAACCUUGCUCAUCUGUCUGAGCAGGUUCUACCAUGUCUUCACAACCCUGCCCAUGAGCAGAUAGGUAUUUUUUCUCCCAGGGUGCUCAGCAGCGGGCAGAAAUACUUCCUGUAUAUUGAGUUUGGGGCUGAGUUGGUAGAAGGCUUCCAUGGUUUCUAUAAAAGCAUCUAUAGAACCAGUUCAGGAGAGAUGAGAACCUUAGCUUCCACUCACUUUGAGCCUACGAGCGCCCGGACGGCGUUUCCUUGCUUUGACGAGCCGAACUUCAAAGCCAACUUCUCGGUGCGGAUCAGGAGGACAUCUGAGUACAUUUCUUUGUCCAACAUGCCAAUCGUCAAGACAGUUCAAGUUGAUGAUGGCCUGCUGGAGGACCAGUAUGCUGCGAGUGUAAAGAUGAGCACAUACCUCGUAGCGUUUGUUGUCUGUGAUUUUAAAUCCGUUACUGCAACAACAUCUUCUGGGGUGCAGGUGUCCAUCUAUGCUGAUCCUGAGAAAUGGUCCCAGACACACUACGCCCUGGAAGUUGCUGUGAAAAUGCUUGACUUCUACGAGGAGUAUUUCAACAUAAAUUAUCCCCUACCCAAGCAUGAUCUGAUCGCCAUCCCAGACUUUCAGUCCGGUGCGAUGGAAAACUGGGGCUUGACCACGUACAGAGAGAUCAGCCUGCUCUUUGAUCCUCAUGUGUCAUCUGUUUCUGACAAACUGUGGGUUACCAUGGUGAUUGGGCAUGAGCUCGCCCAUCAGUGGUUUGGUAACUUGGUGACCAUGAAUUGGUGGAAUGAUAUCUGGCUGAAUGAAGGCUUUGCCAGAUACAUGGAGUACAUUGCAGUGGAGGCUACCUACCCUCAACUCCAAGUGGAGGAAUAUCUACUGCGCACAUGUUUUGCAGCCUUUAGUCAUGAUUCACUGAACUCUUCUCGACCCAUAUCCAGUCCAGCAGAAAGCCCUACUCACAUCAAUGAGAUGUUUGACACAGUCUCCUAUGACAAAGGAGCAUGCAUCCUGCACAUGCUGCGCCACUUUCUAUCAGAAGACGUGUUCCAAAGUGGGAUAGUGCGAUACCUCCGCAAAUACAGCUAUGGAAAUGCGCAAAACCAAGAUCUGUGGGACAGCCUGAUCAAUACAUGCUCAGAAGAGGAUUUUGUCUCAGGGCAGCAUUGUUAUAGCCGAGAGCAAGCCCAUAAAAACUCAUACCUAUUGGCAGGAGAACACCUAGACUUGACAGCCAUGAUGAACACUUGGACUCUUCAGAAAGGUGUUCCGCUGGUUAUUGUAAAAAGGGUAGGGACGCGUCUGUUGCUCAAACAGGUCCGGUUCCUUAGGACAGCCCUGCCUUCUGACCCUGACUGGUCCACAUUGCAACAAGGUUACUUGUGGCAUAUCCCUCUGACAUACAAGACUGACACAUCCAGCACCAUCCAUAAACACCUGAUGACAACACAUUCAGACAUUGUCUACGUAGGAGAGGAGGUCAGCUGGGUGAAGUUCAACGCGGACAUGACUGGCUAUUAUCUGGUUCAUUAUGAGGAUGGUGGAUGGGAGGCGAUAACAAAGCUGCUGAGGGAAAACCAUACCGCCCUGAGCUACAAAGACAGGACUCAUUUGAUACACAAUGCAUUUCAACUGGUCACGGCAGGUUACCUACCGCUCAAUAAGGCCUUAGAUUUAAUUGGUUAUCUACAAAUGGAGACGCAUACAGUACCUCUUCUGGAAGGACUAGGCUAUCUGGAAGUUUAUUACCGUAUGAGUGAGAAACGGAGUGAUGCGGAACUGGUGCGCAAGUUUAAGAUGCACAUUCUCCAGUUUUUCCGUGGUGUCAUUGACCAGCAGAUAUGGAGCGAUGAGGGCUCUAUGUCAACGCGGCGGUUGAGGUCAGAGGUGCUCUCCUUGGCGUGCCAUCUGGAUGACCCACCCUGUGUGGAAGGGGCACGCCGGCGUUUCAAGGACUGGCUUCAGUCCAACGGAUCUCUCAAACUUCCCACUGAUGUGGCAGACACAGUGUAUGUAAUUGGUGCCCAGGAUGAUUAUGGAUGGGCCUCACUCUUGCACCUGUACAACACCUCCUUCUCGGCAGCACAGAAAAACACGAUUAUGUUUGCUUUGACUUCCAGCCGAGACACAAACAAGUUACACAGACUGUUGGACUUGGGUCUGGAAGGUCAGGUGAUACGACUCCAGGACCUGUCCACACUCAUCUUGUUGGUGGCCAGAAACCCAAAGGGACACCACAUUGCAUGGAACUUUGUCAAAAAAAACUGGAGCAAACUGGUUGAAAAAUUGCAGUUGGGUUCAUCUUCUAUUAGACACAUCCUGAUCGGCACCACAGGCCAGUUUACAUACCCAGAGGAAUACACUGAGGUUAAGUUGUUCUUUGAGUCCAUCAAAGAACAGGCAUCACAACUGAGAGCUCCUCAAAUUGCACUGGACAACAUGAAGAAAAAUAUUCUCUGGAUGCAGAGGAACCUGGAGACGUUAAAAAACUGGCUUACUGAGAGAAGUGACAUGAGGACUGGUGGCGGCUGAUUUUUACAGUUCCUUAUUUGACAGUGUGCGUUGUGUGUAAAAAUCACUUUCUCAUAUGGAAAAAAAAGUAAUGUUAAUUUUACUGACUUAUUUGUGAUUGUGUGUGUGUAUGUCUGUGUUAGAGGAAGUGCGAUAAAUCUUACCACCAAUCUUGCCACAAUAAUGUCUUAGACAAUAAAAGGCUUCAUUGUUUUAUUGUUA